AUGGCUUCCAACACCCGUACCGAGAGCGAUGCCUUUGGCGAGAUCCAGGUCCCCGCCGACAAGUACUGGGGAGCUCAGACGGAGCGUUCGCUGGAAAACUUCAAGAUCAACCAGCCCCAGGACCGCAUGCCUACGCCCAUCAUCCGCGCCUUCGGUAUCCUCAAGGGCGCUGCUGCGACCGUCAACAUGAAGUAUGGUCUUGACCCCAAGGUUGGCGCCGCCAUCCAGCAGGCCGCCAGCGAGGUUGCUUCUCUCCAGCUCGCCGAGCACUUCCCUCUCGUCGUCUGGCAGACGGGCUCCGGCACCCAGUCCAACAUGAACGCCAACGAGGUCAUCUCCAACCGCGCCAUUGAGAUCCUCGGCGGCACCAUGGGCACCAAGAGACCGGUCCACCCCAACGACCAUGUCAACAUGUCCGCCUCCUCCAACGACACCUUCCCCACGGUCAUGCACAUUGCUGCCGUCCUUGACAUUGAGGAGUCGCUGUUGCCCGCGCUCAAGGACCUCCGCGACGCCAUCAACAAGAAGUCGCUGCAGUUUGAGCAUCUCAUCAAGAUUGGCCGCACGCACUUGCAGGACGCCACUCCUUUGACGCUCGGCCAGGAGUUCUCCGGCUACGUCACCCAGCUCGACUACGGCAUUGCGCGCGUCGAGUCGUCUCUUCCCCGCCUGAAGAUGCUGGCCCAGGGCGGCACUGCUGUCGGCACCGGCAUCAACACCUUCAAGGGCUUCGCCGAGGGCAUUGCCGAGGAGGUCAGCAAGAUGACGGGCUAUGACUUCGUCACCGCGCCCAACAAAUUCGAGGCUCUCGCCGCCCACGACGCUGUCGUCGAGGCGUCUGGCCAGCUCAACACCCUCGCCGUGUCGCUCUUUAAGAUCGCCCAGGACAUCCGCUUCCUUGGCUCCGGUCCCCGCUGCGGUCUGGGCGAGCUCAAGCUGCCCGAGAACGAGCCCGGCUCGUCCAUCAUGCCCGGCAAGGUCAACCCGACCCAGUGCGAGUCCCUGACGAUGAUCUGCACGCAGGUCUUCGGCAACCACUCGACCGUCACCUUUGCCGGCUCGCAGGGCAACUUUGAGCUGAACGUCUUCAAGCCCGUCAUGAUCAAGAACCUGCUCCACAGCAGCAGGCUUCUGGCUGACGGCAUGAAGAGCUUCGAGAGGAACCUCGUCCACGGCCUUGAGGCUGACGAGCAGAGAAUCGCUGCUAUCCUGAAGGAGAGUCUGAUGCUCGUGACCUGCCUGAACCCCAUCAUUGGUUACGACAUGGCCUCCAAGGUUGCCAAGAACGCGCACAAGAAGGGCACGACGCUCAAGGAGAGCGCGAUGGAGCUGAACGCGCUGAGCGAGGCCGAGUUUGACCAGCACGUCCGUCCUGAGCUCAUGAUUGCGCCCAAGGAGAAGAAAUAG